CUUCCUCUCUCCCUUUCACGGCGCAGCCCUUCUCCCUCUUGCUGUCGCCGAGUCAUCUCCCCUCGCCGGCGAAGGAGUCGCCGGUCCCUUUCCUUCACUAGCCACCUUCUCCCUCUCUUUGUCAACAUGUCAUCGGAAAAACCUGUCUCUUCUUCCACCACCACUGCAAAUACCCCUCAUCUUGCUUUUACGACCGUCUCUAAUGUCAAACUACAAGUACCCAUCACUCUCAGUUUCUCGGAACCAAACUACAAGAAGUGGAGUCGUCUUUUUCUUCUCUUGGUCAGACGGUUCAAUCUUGAAGGCUUCGUCACUGGUGAGAAAACCUCCACCGGGAAAGAUGAUAUUGAAUGGCUUCAACUAGAUGCCCUCAUUCAAGGAUGGAUUCUUUCAACCAUCAACGAUGAGGUUUCCGAUCUCAUCAUCUCCUCCACCACAUCUGCAGCAGAUUUAUGGAAAGCUAUACACAACCUAUUUCAUGACAACAAAGCGGCCAGAGCUAUGCAAUUGGAGCACCAAUUUUACAACACUGUCAAAGGCACGUCCACCAUCACAACUUACUGUCAAACCCUUCGGAAUAUUGCCGAUUGGCUGGACGAUGUGGAUGCCCUAGUCACCGAAAACCAGCUUGUUCUCCAAACCCUACGUGGUCUCCCGGAUGACCUUGGCAAGCAAGCCUCCUUCCUCCAAUUCCAAAAACCGCCGCCGACGUUCAUGGAAACGAGAUCGGCCCUUCUUCUCUUAGAACAACAAAAUCGGCCUCUAAUCACUGCCGGCGAAGGAGGUUCCGCCCUCGCAGCCACCAUCUCUGCCGCAGGGUUUCGGCGGUGGAGCGAGCCGGGUGCAGGGUUUCGGCGGCGGCGGAGGAACCUCCGUCCUAAGCAGCCACACAACGAGACCUACAAUGCAGCAAUGGGCACAACACUCAUAGCAACGGUGGAUGAGAAGGCCAGCACGGUAGCAGCGGGCGUUGUCGACUGAAUUGAACAGCAGCCGCGGUCGAAGUCGAGGACGAAGCUUGGGAUCGAGAACUAAUAUGGAUCACACAUUUUAUUCUUGUAAAGAAAUGAGAUGGUUACUU